UGCUUGUAGUCCAACCACAUCCACUCUUUUCUAUCCAAUCCUAACUCAUGCAGAUGCUCCCAAACACCACUCUUACCUGGAGCAAUCGUUUUAGAUUUUCAAUAUGAGAUCAUAGCUCUUCUACUUCUGUGUCCCUGGUUGAUCUCUUGACUCUUCGAUACCUGAGCCAACUUGAAAAAUCAAGUUUUUGAUCUUCAAUGCCAGGAGCCAUCGAAGUCUCAGUUCUUGAUUUCAUGGGUCUUCAGUCAUCAUCACCACCUUCGCAAAUGUCCAUAAAGGUUUCCAUGGGCAAAAGAGAGUAUGAAACACGGGACAAGGGAGAUUUCAUUUUUCCAUUAACAACACUCCGCGAAAAUUUGAUUGUUACACUGCAGGAUGCCAAGGGAAAUGAAAUAUCACAUACAGGUGUGGAGACAAGGUUAGUAAUAGAGAAGGGUAUUUGGGAUGACACAUUUCCCUUGGAAGGAGGUGGGCAUGUGCGCAUGAAGUUGCAGUUUGUCCUCAGUGAAGCAGACCGCCAUCGUAUCCGUCUCAUGAGAGAGUUGGCAUUGAAAAAGAAACAUGAUGAGCUUCUCAGCAGUGAACCUAGAUGUCCAGAAUAUGCUACUGCUGUUGAUAGUAGGGUUGCAUCAUCUUCAUGGCCCAAACAUGAGGUCUCAGAUUCAAGAAAAGGAGUUUUUCAAAGUGAAGUGAUGGCGACUCAAGUUAGUCUGAUAGCGACUCCUCCCACUUUUUCCAAGAGUGGAAAAUCAUGUCUGGACAACAGGGAAGGAACAAAUUGUGUUCUGAAGCAAACAAGUCCAAAUGAUCCAGAUAAACAUGAAGGCUCUCCAUCCAUUGCUCCUGUUUUGCAAGGAUUUGGAGCCAAUCUAAAUGAAGAAAGCCACAAGAGCUUAGGAAAGAAGAGAGGAACGGAGCCUCCUCCCAUUGAUGUUCCCCUUAAAACCAUUCGCUCAAAAGAAGCUCUGUAUUUUGGAAGCUCAGAACCAAAAGUGACUGCAAGUGAUAAGAUUCCUGCGAAACUAAAAGGACAUGGGGAUAGUGUCCCGGGGAAGCAGAACCCAGUGAACAAAACUCCUAGAAAUGUAAGGAACAUGAUAACUGCCUUUGAAAGUAGUCUAAAUCAGGAUGUGAAACCAAAAGAAACACCGCUACCAAUAAAAUCUGCAUCGAGCAGGUUGGAAAUUCCAAUGGAAUUUGCUCCAAAAUGUUUUUGGUCAGAUGAAGUUAGAACAGAAAAGAAUAUACCAGAACAAUCACUUCCAGGAAGGGAUAGAAGUCCUUAUCUUAUAGAAGACAUUCAAGGAGCCUCAAAUAAUAUUAGAGAAGGAGAAGAGCAUGUUGGUUUUGUUCGAGCAUCUACUGUGACUACUUCAUCUCAGGAUACAGGGAAGUCGGAGGAAGAGUUAAGUGAUGCAAGUUUUCGAAAUAAAGGAUCAAAUGUAGUUUUGAAGAAUAAACUCCAACUUAUGGAUAAAGCUGACAUGGGGAAAGAGAAAACUUCUGAUGUUUUGUUGAGAGCUUUGGUAGGUGACAAAGCUUCUAUUUCAGGAAGAAUGCUUAAUGAGUAUUUGGGUAAACAACCAUAUUGUAAAUUGUUAGCCGGGAAAAAACAUUCAGGUGGCAAUUUGCUCAUAACUAAAAGUGGAAAAGAAACUCACUAAAAAAAUUUGGAAAGAAUCAGCAUUCAAGAAGGUUCAGGAGAUGCGCAUCAUUCUUCAGAAUGCUAUGGUGCUUGGAUAUUCCCUUAUGAAAGACGGCGGUUGUGUAUCACAACUGCAGGAACCCAACUAUUGAAUCUAAUGGGAAGUUUCUGGGAUGACACGAAAGUGCAAGCAGGAAAGAUGAGUUCUUCUGUAGCAGAAAACAUGGAAGAGCUUAGUGUUCAUGGUGGCACUGGUAUCAUGUCCAAAGAACGCGAGAAGACCUCUCAAAGACAGAAAAUGUCAAAACUUCAGGGUUCAAUUGAUGCUGAAACUUCUGGAGGACCAGUUGGGCAGGUGAUGAGAGGUGUAAUCAUGGUUGGGUUUGCUACGCUUGUUCUCCUUACCAGACAGAAAACCAGGUAGCAGGUACCUAUGUCAUCUCUCCUUUGAUGUAGAAGAAUGCCGCAUGCUCUUCACAUUUAUCAACACAUCAAACAACAUUUUUUGUCAACUUGUUAAGUUGCACUCUUGGGAUUUUUCAGAUAGAUAUGCUAGAUGAUUGGUGCUGUCGAAGCGGUCAGCUUAUAGAAAGUACAGGAACUAUUUGUAUCCACAAAUUGCUUUCAAAUUAUCUGGAUUCUUCUGUAAGGAUAUGUUGGUGCUCCUAUAUUUUUAAUGAAUCCCUGGGCUUAUCAAGAAAAACAAGCUUGCUUAUAUAUGAGUUCCAUAA